AUGAUGAAAAACCACACAGUACCCACAGAGUUCAUUCUUCUGGGGCUCUCAGAUGACCCAGAACUUCAGAUUGUGAUUUUUCUCUUUUUAAUUAUCAUGUACAUAUUAAGUGUCACUGGGAAUCUGACCAUCAUCACUCUUACCUUGGUGGACUCUCAUCUGCAGACACCCAUGUAUUUCUUUCUCAGAAACUUCUCUGUAUUAGAAAUAACCUUUACAACUGUCUGUAUCCCUAGAUUUCUGGGCACCAUUAUCACCAGAGACAAAACUAUUUCAUACAAUAAUUGUACAGCACAGUUGUUUUUCUUUAUUUUCAUGGGCAUCACUGAAUUCUACCUUCUGACUGCCAUGUCUUAUGACCGCUAUGUGGCUAUCUGCAAACCCCUGCAUUACACAACCAUCAUGAACAAAAGAGUCUGCAUAUUGCUUGUCUUUUGUGCUUGGCUGGCAGGAUUCUUAAAUAUCUUUCCACCUGUUAUUCUUUUCCUGCAGUUAGAUUAUUGCAGCUCCAAUGUCAUUGAUCACUUUGCUUGUGAUUAUUUCCCUUUACUGCAAUUAUCCUGUUCAGAUACAUGGCUCCUAGAAGUGAUUGGUUUUUAUUCUGCAAUAGUAAUUCUGCUUUUUACUUUGGCAUUAAUAAUUCUAUCCUACAUGUUCAUCAUCAGGACAAUUUUGAAACUCCCUUCUGCCAGUCAGAGAAAAAAGGCAUUUUCUACAUGUUCCUCUCACAUGAUUGUCAUUUCUAUCUCGUAUGGAAGCUGCAUAUUCAUGUAUGCCAAUCCCUCUGCAAAAGAAAAAGCAUCACUGACCAAAGGAGUAGCUAUUCUCAAUACUUCUGUUGCUCCUAUGAUGAAUCCAUUUAUAUACACCCUGAGGAACCAGCAAGUGAAGCAAGCCUUUAAGGACACCAUUCAGAAGGUUAUGUUUUUCUCUGGUAAAUGA